AUGGAAAAUAUAUUGGUUGGAUUAAAUGAAUUAUUCUAUGAAAUUCUUUUGAUAAUUUUUACAAAAUUAAAGAAUGUUUCACUCCUGUACUCUUUAUUAGGUGUUAAUAAGCGACUAAACACAAUUGUACUUGAUCCAAUUUUUACAAAUCAUUUAACAUUGAUAAAACAUUUGCCAGAUGAUUCCAUCUGUUCGUUAUCUGAUUCGACGCUUGAUCGAUUUUGCACAAAAAUUUUACCUGAAAUUCAUUGUCAAAUCAAAUGGCUUGGUCUUGAAUCAUCAUCUGUGAAACAUAUACUUCGUGUCACAAAUUAUCCCAAUUUAUAUGGACUCGGUUUAUUUGACAUAGAUUUGGGAACAGCUCAAUCUCUCUUUGUUGAUGCAUCUUCAUUAAUUCAUACAUAUAAAAAUCAAAUAACAUCACUUAUUAUUGAUAUAACUACAAAUAAGGAGCAAUUAUCAAUAAAAGAUGUCAAUAUACUUGUAUUUACACACAUUUUUAUAACAUACACUAAUUUACAAUAUUUAAAUUUCGGUCCAACUUCAAGUGACAAUCAAUGUUUAACAUUUCCGAAUUCAUCUCCAACUUUUAUCUCCUCAAAUCUCUUAGAAUUGCAUGUCUGUUUGGGAAAUUUCAUCGACUGUCUUUAUAUACUUGAUGGACGUUUCAAUCAACUACGUAUGUUUCAUGUUGAAAUUCAUGAAAUUUCCAUUUUCGAUCGAGAACUUAAUAAUAAGGUGAAUUAUUUUCAUUAA